AUGUGGUUCCUGGAGUGUGAUGGCGACUUGUUCGAGAACAAGCGCAUCUGGCUGCGACCAGGCACCAAGCUGGUUCUCGGCCGCACAUCCAAGCCAGAGCCAGGCCAGCGUAUGCGAUACAUCGAAAACUCGUCCGUCUCUCGCAAACACUUGACUGUCGACGUCGCCAAAGUCGAGCCUGGAGAGAGCAAGCACCUCCACGCAAAGACAAAGCUGCAACUCAUCGACAAUUCAAAGGUUGGCUCCUGGCUCAACAGCGACCGCCUGGAAAAAGGUACCGCGAAACAUCUGGACAGGAACGACAACAAGAUCAAGUUGGGCAAUUACGAACACCACUUCCAUAUCAAAUGGCAACCCAUCGUCUUUUCCUUUCCCUCGCUCCCUCGCGCCUAUCGUCAACUCGAAGAUCCACUCGUAGACCAACGUCACAUCCUCGAGCCUCUAGGAAUCAAGUGCAUUGUUGAUUACAUUGCUCAAUUCACCACUCAUCUCGUCGCAAAGAAGCGCAACACCCCCACCACUCUCCAAGCUCUUGUCAAUGCUCGCUACAUUGUCACUGACGAUUAUGUCGACCAAAUCCAACUCGUAUCACUCGAUGCUCUCGAACAAGACUUCAAAGCAAAUUGGCCGAGCGAAGAACCCUACUCCCCUCCACCCGCAAACGAGCCAAACCCUCGCCCAGACAAGUCGCCCGAUUUUCUUCCCAACCCAGCUCGUUCCGAAAUCUUCUCGCAGUACACUUUUAUAUUCAGCGAUCCUGGACAGCACGCCAACCUCAUGCCCACCAUCACCGGUGGCGGCGGAAAGGCUUUGUGCCAUCCUGUUGACAACGAGAAUCCAGACCCUCAAGACCUGUUGAGCUAUGUUCGAGAAGUUGCUGGCAAGAAAUCGGACAAAGCCUUCAAUCUCGGCCAACAACCAAAGACAAAAGGUGGCAUAAUCUUGGUCCGUAUUGGUGGCUACAAACAAGAGAGGCCUUGGUUCUAUGAUCAAGUUGAUUCUUCUCUGGGUCAAAGCAGCAUCGAGCAGAAUGAAUUGCUGGAAGUCAUCCUUGAUGCCGAUGCUUCCAAGUUGAAGAGACCUGCCGAAGUUGUCCAACCAGCAGAGGACAUAGUCAUGCAUAAUGGAACACAGCCAUCAUCAAUCCACCCACCAUCACAAUCUCCUUCUGUGCGUCGACAAUCGAACAGGGUCGCUACAGAAAUCCCAUCUGCAACUCCAGAGGAUGGCACCUCCGCAGCCUCUCAGCAGGAGGUAGCAACGACAGGCAGACGUCGCGGACGCAGACCUCUGACGCAAACAAAGUUCAAAGGCUUUGACGAGAUCGAUAUCAACGACUUGCCAAAAUACCGUUCUCCAUCUCCCUCGCAGCCUCCUUCAUACCAAGCGAGCCGAGCUCCCUCACCAGACUUUAUGGACGAGGAUGAGCACGUCGAGAGUUCUCAUCCAGCACCAAGCCAGCACACCCAACGUUCAACCAGGAAGAGGCCACCGCCAGUGGAAGAAGAAACACACCAUGACAUGAUGGCCGACAUGUUGCAAGGUGCUGCAAAGAUGAAAAAACGUCGUAUCGAUGCAGGAAUCGAGGCUUCUGCAUCGCCUAACGAAGCACCAGCUGAAGAACCCACGCCAGCACCCGCAGUCAAGAAAGCUAAAAAGCGCAAGGACAAGGAAGUUGAUGUACGAGCCAUACUGGCAGAGCGUCAACAAGCAGAGGAGGAAAGGCGUCUCGAAGAUGAAGAGAAACUCCGCAAUCAACUCGAGGGCAUGGAGGUGGCCGAUAUGCAGAACCUAGCACAGAUUGAGGUCAUGGAGAUUCGUCGUGAGCCUCCACCUCGCUCAAGAUACGAUGCCGAGGCUGGACACGACGAUCGCUGGGAUGAUCGAUGGAAUGGCCGCAAGAACUUCAAACGUUUCCGCAGACAGGGCACCGCAGCCAACACACAAACUCGAGCUCGUGUUUUCGUUUCCCUCGAAGAAGUCGAGCCCAAGGCGUACGGUGCGCAAGACGACUAUUUUCUGGAACCUCGUUCGAAAAACGCUCAGAAGAAGGCGAAACGAUCGCAGCAGACACAAGACAGUAUGGAUGUCGAAGUCACUGGAACGCCUUCCUCUGCCACUGUGAAUGGUACGCCCUCACAACGCCAAUCGAACAACACAAACAAGAGUAUCUCUCUUGUCUCGGACAGUGAACAGAACGAUUCUUCAGAAGACGAAGACAACGCCGCACGCUUCCGCCGCCGUAUCGCAACCUCUCGAGCCCAAGAUGCCGAAGCCUCGCGUCUAGAAGCUAUAUUGCCUGAAGAAAUUGCAGGUACGGCUCGUGACCAAGAUAUUGCAGAUGCAGCCAGACAAGCGAAGUGUAGUGCAUCUGUAAGAACACAGCCAGGCAAAAGGACAGCCAAGGGUGUUGUGGAUGAGAUAUCACAGCCGAGGAAAAGAGUGCAGAGAAAGCCUAGCCCAGACGAAGUUUCUGAGGACGAGGAUGACGAAGAGAGUAGUACUCGCUUCAGACGCAGGAAGAAGUGA